UGAAUUGUCGAUUAUUGCGGUUUUUGUUGUGAUUUUGAGUUUGAAAAACAAAUGACAACAAAACAGUUGUCACUAAUUGUCUGUACAUUUGUUUAACCAAUUAAGUCGAGUGAAGACCUAAAUUGUGUGGUCAUCCGUCUGGUCGUAGCGAUUGUGGCGCUAAAGAGUUGUGAUUGAAUAGUUUGGAUCGUUGGUCACACUGGACAUCGACGACCGAAAUGAGUGACUUCGAGAACGACUUGUUGUCCGAUUUGACAUCAAAAGCCAAUCACUCGCUGUCGGCCGACAUCACUAUGAGUGGCCACUCGAUGGACGACCAAAUGUCAGGAUCAGGUAGUAGUGGGACGGCUGGCGAUGUUCAGCUCCAACAGUCAGCUGUUACCUCAAUGGACAAGAAUAACCUUUUGGCGAUAAUGCAGUUCUUGAAGAAGAAUAAUUUGCAACAAACUGAACAACAGUUGCGAAAAGAAACACAAUUAAUGAGUCUAUUGAGUGAUGAAGAGGUAAAACAGUUGGACAACAAUAACAGCCAAAACGAGGCCAAUCUGUCCAACGUUUUAAUGACAUACAAGACUACAGAGAAUCCCGAUAUCUAUGAAGACAAUUACAAUACGUUGCGGAAGUUUGUCGAGUCAUCGCUGGAUUCAUAUCGACCAGAACUGCUUCGUCUACUUUAUCCGGUUUUUGUGCACAUGUACUUAGAACUGGUUUACAAUGAACACGAAGAUCAAGCCAUCAAUUUUAUGUCGAAAUUUGGCGGACAACAGGAGUACUAUUACGAAGAGGACAUUAAAAAGUUGUCAGUUGUGACCAAAAAAGAGCACUUGAAUGCCAACAAUGACAUUAUCGAUACGUUUAGAUCAGAACAAAAUCAUUUCACAUUACGUCUGUCACGCGAUUCAUAUAACUAUUUAAAGCGUUUUCUUCAGGAAAAACCCAAACCAAAUACAUCAAUAUUUCAGAAGAUAAUUCAGGAACACUUGUAUCUCGAUGUUUAUGAAGGUCUUACACGAACCAAAAGUCAAGUCGAGGCAGUGACCGGCGGUAUGAUUGGCGAACCAAAAUCGGACGCAAAUAAAACUAAAGUGUUUUACGGACUGUUCAAAGAACCGGAUUUUAAAAUAGAUAUUCCGGACAUGGAUUUGGACGACUCAAUUGCUGAGGCGGGCGAUACAGAAAAGCCAAAGAAGAAAACCAAGAAAAAGGACGCCUCUCAGGCAAAGAAAGCGCGCGCCGAUCCAAACGCUCCGCCAUUGAAUCGCAUUCCGUUACCCGAACUAAGAGAUGCCGAACAGCUCGACAAACUAAAGGCACGACGCGAGGCAUUAAAAGCUCUUAAGUUGGGACCCGAGACACUGCCGUCGAUUUGUUUUUAUACAUUACUGAACGCACAACAAAAUCACGAAAUGUCUGCACUCUGUGCUGAUGUAUCUGAAGAUUCAACACUAUUAGCGGCCGGAUUCUCGGACUCAUUAGUACGUGUUUGGCCACUAUCGCCAAAUAAACUGAAAGUCAUGAAAUCGACCACAGAAUUGGAACUCAUCGACAAAGAGUGUGAUGACGUUCUGUACCGAAUGAUGGACGACAAGAAUACUUUUGAUAUUAAGAUAUUGGCCGCGCAUUCGGGUCCCGUCUAUGCUGUUAGCUUUAGUCCGUCCAGAGAUUUACUACUUUCCUGUUCCGAGGACUCAACGAUUCGACUCUGGAGUUUAUUUACGUGGACUAACAUAUGUUGCUAUAAAGGUCAUUGUUUCCCUGUUUGGGACAUAAAAUUCAGUCCUCACGGCUUUUACUUUGCUUCGGCAUCGCACGACAGGACCGCCCGUUUAUGGGCUACCGAUCAAUACAAUCCAUUGAGACUGUUUGCGGGACAUAUAUCUGAUGUUGACUGCAUCCAAUUUCACCCGAACUCCAACUAUGUGGCCACCGGAUCAACUGAUCGUUCAGUACGCCUAUGGGAUGUACUAAAUGGUCAAUGCGUUCGCUAUAUGACAGGUCAUAAGGCAACUGUUUACGCGUUGGCUUUCGAGAAUAGUGGCAGAUAUUUGGUCUCUGGCGGCGCAGAUAAGAGAAUAUUGUUUUGGGAUCUGGCGUUUGGGUAUUUAUUGGCCGAACUCUCCGGUCAUUACGAUACUAUUUAUACAUUGAGCUUUAGUCGCGGUCCGGAAGGAACUAUGUUAGCCUCGGGCGGUAACGAUGACUGUAUUGUCUUAUGGGAUAUACAAACAUUGAUUGAUGAGAUCGACUCAGAAGAAAUUACUGUUAAUCAGACACCGACUGUCAGGAGCAAUAGCGAGCAAUUCCUGUUGGGCUCCUAUCGGACCAAAUCAACAUAUAUAUUGACAACACAUUUCACGCGACGCAACCUAUUGUUAGGAAUCGGAAUAUUUCAUUGAAUUUUUAUUAUUAUUACUAAUUCAAAUAUUCAUAAUUAUAUAUACAUAUAUUA